ACCUAUGGAUACCGCUCUCUCAAAUACGCAGAUAGCAUCGAGAUCGUCUCACGUAAUUUACCUACGGUGGAUGUGUGAUAGCUUUCUAGCUAUCCUCAAGGUCCGAACAAGGACACUGUACUUGUACCUCACCGUAGUAGGAGCCAGGGCGGAGUAUGUGAGAUGUGAUGCAAUCCUCCGCGAACCGAGUUUCGGUUAUUCGCGGAUUCAAAAGCAAUGUCACUCUCAAAACACCGCGGCUCCUCUGAACAAUGUAAAGGGAGCACCCCCAGCACCCUUGAUCAUACUUCCGUCCACCACUCUUUUGGACUUCCUGUAAGAUUCUCUACCUCGAGUACGAGCAACAGGUAGCAAUGCCUCCAGGCAACUUCAGCUACACCCCAACACCCGGACUACUAUGCAGCCUGGGGCGCGUCCUCCGCGGGCAACCCUCCACACUCCACCUCCACCUCCGCAUUCGUCCUUGCGUCCAUGUUCGCACAGCAGCAACAUUCACACACCCACGACACGCCCAAGCGAUCUCCGUUCUGCCCACGUUAGUCGACAAAUCGAGCCCCGAGUACAAAGAAAAUGCCUCCCAACUCUCCAGCAUCAUGGCCAAAUACGCGGACCUCCACCAGAAGAUCAACCGCGGCGGACCCCAGAAAUCCCGGGACAAGCACAUCCAACGAGGCAAGCUGCUCGUCCGCGAUCGAAUCACCGCCCUCAUUGAUCCCGGAAGCCCAUUUCUCGAACUCUCGCCCCUCGCCGCACACGAAGUCUACGACGAGGACAUUCCCGCAGCCGGCAUGAUCGCAGGCAUCGGCACAGUCUCAGGCGUAACAUGCAUGAUCGUCGCCAACGACGCAACAGUCAAAGGCGGCUCAUACUACCCUCUAACAAUCAAAAAACAUCUCCGUGCCCAGGAGAUCGCCCAGCAAAACAGACUCCCCUGCAUAUACCUAGUCGACAGCGGCGGCGCCAACCUCCCCAAACAAGCCGACGUCUUCCCCGACCGCGACCACUUCGGCCGGAUAUUCUUCAACCAAGCACGCAUGUCCAGCCUAGCAAUCCCCCAGAUCGCAGUAGUAAUGGGUCCCUGUACAGCAGGCGGAGCCUACGUCCCCGCCAUGUGCGACGAAUCCAUCAUCGUCGAGAAACAAGGCACAAUCUUCCUCGCGGGCCCACCACUGGUCAAAGCAGCAACCGGCGAAGUCGUGUCCGCAGAGGACCUAGGUGGAGGCCACUUACACAGCACCGUCUCCGGCGUGACAGACUACCUAGCCGUCGACGACGCACAUGCCAUCGUCCUCGCACGCCGCUCGGUCGCCAACCUCAAUUACCCAGCCGAACAACCCGCGCCCGUCGAAGUGCGUGAACCGCUCUACGACCCCGAAGAACUUGCAGGCAUAGUCGGGACGAACCUCCGCAAGCAGAUCCCCAUGCACGAGAUCAUCGCCCGGAUCGUGGAUGGCAGCGAGUUCUCCGAGUUCAAAAAGGACUACGGCACCACUCUGGUCACCGGCUUCGCCAGGAUCUACGGCUACCAAGUGGGCAUCGUGGCCAACAAUGGCAUCCUCUUCUCCGAAUCCUCCCUGAAAGGAGCACACUUCAUCGAACUCUGCUGCCAGCGCAACAUUCCCCUGAUCUUCCUGCAAAAUAUCUCGGGCUUUAUGGUCGGCGCGGACGCGGAGAAGGGAGGUAUCGCGAAGAACGGCGCCAAACUCGUCACCGCGGUAUCGUGCGCCAAUGUGCCCAAGUUCACUGUCGUCGUGGGGUCGAGCGCCGGCGCAGGGAACUACGGCAUGUGCGGACGAGCAUACUCGCCUCGCUUCCUGUGGAUGUGGCCCAAUGCCAAAAUUGGAGUCAUGGGCCCAGACCAAUUGACCGCCGUAAUGGAGACGGUUGGGAAAUCCGUGGACCCGGAGCUGCGAGACCGUAUCGAGCGAGAGAGCGAUGCUGCCUUCUCGUCUGCCCGACUUUGGGACGAUGGUGUCAUUCCGCCAGCCCAGACCAGGCACAUGCUUGGAUUAGGAUUGAAGGCUGCUUUAGGUGGUAGCACCGACGAUACGAAGACCAAGUUUGGCGUGUUCAGGAUGUAGACGAUCAUACACAAUUCCGGCAAGCACAAUCUACAAAGAAUUAGAGCGCGGCCCAGCCAUAUGACUGAUACAUUAUAACAUUUUCGACCCGAGUCGGUAAGUCUAUCUCUUUUCUUU